AGGUGCGCGCGUGGCUCCGGCUGCGCAGGAACAGCUGGUGCCUCGGAAGGCGGCCGGCGAGCGGACGGGCGUGGGGUGCUGGUGGCCGGCUGGGCCACGCUGCAGGAACAGCCGCCGCCGCCUCCGCCUUGCACCAUUGCACCAUGUCCGGGCAGCUGGAGCGUUGCGAGAGCGAGUGGCACGAGCUGGAGGGAGAAUUUCAAGAACUGCAGGAGACACACAGGAUCUACAGGCAGAAGCUAGAGGAGCUGACCGCGCUGCAGACUCUGUGUAGCAGUUCCAUCAACAAGCAGAAGAAGCGACUGAAGGAUUUGAAGCACACACUCCAGAGGUACAAGCGCCAUGCAAGUCGGGAGGAGGUGGAGCUCGUUCAGCAGAUGGGCACAAACAUCAAGGAGCGGCAGAAUGUCUUCUUUGACAUGGAGGCCUACCUGCCCAAGAAGAACGGGCUGUACUUGAACCUGGUCCUGGGCAAUGUGAAUGUGACCCUCCUCAGCAACCAGGCCAAGUUUGCUUACAAGGAUGAGUACGAGAAAUUCAAACUCUACCUGACCAUAAUCCUGCUCCUGGGUGCUGUGGCAUGUCGAUUUGUCCUUCACUACAGGGUGACGGAUGAAGUCUUUAACUUCCUGCUGGUGUGGUAUUACUGCACCCUGACGAUUCGGGAGAGUAUUCUCAUCAGCAAUGGCUCAAGGAUUAAAGGCUGGUGGGUGUCUCACCAUUAUGUCUCCACGUUCCUGUCCGGAGUGAUGCUGACCUGGCCUAAUGGACUAAUUUAUCAGAAGUUUCGAGAUCAGUUUUUAGCGUUUUCCAUUUUUCAGAGCUGUGUCCAGUUCCUACAAUAUUAUUACCAGAGGGGCUGCCUCUACCGACUGCGGGCCCUGGGUGAGAGGAAUCACCUGGACCUCACCGUGGAAGGCUUCCAGUCCUGGAUGUGGCGAGGCCUCACCUUCCUGCUGCCUUUCCUGUUCUGUGGCCACUUCUGGCAGCUCUACAAUGCAGUCACGUUGUUUGAGCUCUCCAGCCAUGAAGAAUGCAAAGAAUGGCAGGUAUUUGUGCUGGCGAUCACAUUCCUCGUCCUCUUCCUCGGCAACUUCCUGACCACACUCAAAGUCGUGCAUGCCAAACUCCAGAAGAACAGAAACAAGACAAAGAAGCCAUGAGCCAUGGGACUCUUGAGCCCCUUGGGCCCCCGGACAUUGAGACUACCAGGGGACUCUAGUCAGCACCCCAGCUGCUGAGCUCCUCCCCACCAGUGCCAGUGGCCAGGGACAGCAGCCAUCUCAGGGGCCAGCGGCGUGGCUGAGAGCAGGACCCAGGCCCUGCUCCUUGCCGGACAAGAGGAAUGUGAACCCGGCCUGUCCGCACAGUAUUAGUCUACCCAGCCUCCCUAUUUAUGACAUAUUUAAGACUGGUUCUUCCCGCUUCCCUGGAAUCUGAGGGAGACUGGGUCCGUCUUCCUGGGGGAGGGGCCUAAAGCCUCAGGGAGCCCCUCUGUCCCCACUCUCAUCAUUUGAACCCCUCAAGUUGGGGUUUGGAUGUGCCUUGCCGGGGUUGGAUUUAUGCUGACCUGCUACUUACUAAGUCCCAGGCGGGGGGGGGUG